CGGCAGUGAAAGUCGACACACGCAGAUCCCACGUCAUCAAUUUCUGCCUUCUCAGUUUUCGGAAAAACCAUCCGCUACGGCACAAACAUACCAAGACAACUACCAGCUUCCGUUUGUUUCCAUGGAAACUAUAACUUUCUCGCCCAACUUUCUCGAGAAAAUUCUACGCAGCAAAAAUUGAAAAGAAAAAAAGCUAAUCGUCGUGGCCCGAAGAAAACCAUGACGACGUUGAUCAGAAAAGCGUGGGAGUUGGUGUCGAGCCGCACGUUUUCAAGUUCAGAGUCAACGUCGUCGUCGUCUUCUUCGAGCUCGCCGUCGGCGACGGCAGGUUCCGGGACGUUCAAUCGGCUGCCGACGGACCUAAUGAUGAAAAUCGUGAGACUAGUGGGGCCUAAGGAAGCGGCGAAGUUGAGCGUCGUAUGCAGAGCGUGGCGGUGCGUCGUCUCCGAGAACGAGCUGUGGAUUUUCUUUCUGCAGAAGCAGGAGGAGGAGACUUAUUGGGAAUCCUUUGUUUUCUCGGAAACCCAUUUGAGAUUCGGAUACCCACUUCAAACAUUCUCGGGCGAGAGUCCCCAAUUGUCCUAUAUGGGUAUUUAUAGUCAACGAGUUCAAGUUCCUGGUUCUGCUAUCAUUGACGGGGGGUCUGGCUAUUGCAAGUUUGGCUGGAGCAAAUACGCAUGUCCAUCGGGCCGGUCAGCAACUUUUUUGGAAUUUGGUAAUGUUGAGUCGCCGAUGUACUCUAGACUCCACCAUUUUUUUGUGACUAUUUAUAGCAGGAUGCAGGUGAAACCAUCUUCGCAGCCCGUGGUUUUGUCUAUACCUAUUUGCCAUUAUGAUGAUACUGAAUCUGCCAAAGCAUCGAGACGGCAGCUCAAAGAAGCUAUGUACAGGGUACUUUUUGACAUGAAUGUCCCUGCUGUCUGUGCCAUUAAUCAGGCAACUUUAGCUUUGUAUGCAGCAAGAAAAACUUCAGGGAUUGUUGUAAACAUCGGUUUCCAAGUCACUUCUAUUGUUCCAAUUCUAAAUGGUAAAGUAAUGCGCAAGGUGGGUGUGGAGGUUAUGGGAUUGGGAGCACUGAAGCUUACAGGGUUCCUUAGGGAGCUAUUGCACAGGAACAAUAUCAAUUUUGACUCACUGUACACUGUUCAGACUGUGAAAGAGAAACUAUGUUACGUUGCUGAGGAUUAUGAAGCUGAGCUAUCUAAAAAUACACAAGCUUCAUUUGUAUCUGGUGGAGAAGAAUGUUUUACUGUUUCAAAGGAGCAGUUUCAAACAGGAGAGAUCUUAUUCCAGCCACAGCUUGCAGGACUGGAUACCAUGAGCUUGCAUCAGGCUGUUGCUCUUUGUAUGGAACAUUGCCAUUCGGCAGAACUAACAGGAGACAAUGCUUGGUUCAAGACAGUAGUUUUGUCAGGAGGCACUGCAUGUUUACCAGGACUCGCAGGAAGGUUAGAGAAGGAAUUACACGGAGUUCUCCCUCCAUAUCUGUCUGAUGGAAUCACAGUCAUUCCCCCUCCAUAUGGUGCAGAUACAGCAUGGUUUGGGGCUAAGAUCAUCAGCAAUCUGAGCACCUUCCCUGGCCCUUGGUGCGUGACAAAGAAGCAGUUCCGGUACAAGUCCAGAAUCAAGCUUAUGUGGUGAAAAAUAAGCUGGUUUAUACUUAGACACUGCGGACCCCACUUGGUGGGAUAAGACUUUUUCGUUCUUGUUGUAUAUUCGAGCACUGCCGUAGCCUGUAUGUGAUAUGAUGGUGGACCACGCAAGGUACACAGAGCAGAUAGGUUGUUUUCAAGAACAGGCCGAAACUGGAAUUAUUUAUUUGUAGCUAUAAAUAUAAUUGUCCUUGAAUCAGUGGACCUCACUUAAUGGGAUAAGAUUUUGUUGUUAUUGUGUAAUCGUCCUUGAAUAAGAAUUAAACGAUGUAGCUAAUCUUACAAUAUUAAAAAUAAAGCAAGCUUAUAUGUCACAUUGAAUGUA